CUAGACACAGACAUUACGUUGCAAUGACGUCGUCAACUGUGUAUCAUGUAUUUUUAAUCAGUUGGAUUCAUUGCAUUAUAGUUGUGCUCUGUUCCGUUGCCAUGGCAACUCAAUCUACUGAUGGCUCUACGGGAAAUUGUAAUUUUAAUAUCAGUGCUGGAAAUGCAAGUGAUAAUGUGAAAACCUUGGAUACAUUUUUUACAAUACUAUCCGUGCCAUGCCCUCCGGUGGAUAGUCUCCAUUUUGUAUGUAAUCAUAAAAUAGGCGAUCCUAGAUCAACAUGUGAGGAACGUGCAUUAAUUAUUAACAAGUGUUUGCAUCAAUUUCCAGGACUCUAUAAUAAUUCCCAAUGGAGUUUGUGUUUGAUGGAUGUUUGUAAGUGUGAAGCAGUGUUAAAUGUUCUUCGCAAUAAUGAUUUUAUAAAUAAAUCAGACGAUGAUGCGGAGUCAGUGACUGUGACAACAAUUACCGUAUCGACCACAUUGUCAACAUCGAAUUUAACAACAAGCUCAAUCACAUCCGCGGUAUCUUCUCAAAGCACAUCUAUUACGACAUCUAUAACGACAUCGUCAGACACAACAUCCGGGUCAUCUGAGAGUGUUUCACCAAUGGAUGACGGAAGUGAAACGCCAUCUAGUGCGGACGGAGAGCUUAACACUGUUUCAUAUAUCUAUCCAAUCAUUGGCGCUUUUUUGAUUGCCUUCGAAAUCGUGAUGUUAUGUGCAUUUUCAUGUUAUAAGAAGAAAAGAGAACACAAUGCAAAUGCUGUAAGUAUUAUUUAAAAUUAAGUUGUCAAACAACAAUUAAAAAAAAUAUAUUGCCGCUCAAAAAGAUCUAUAGUUCGUCUGCUGUUGUUGAUUUU